UGGGAUUUUUUUUCUUACAAAUUUAAAAGUUUAAUUUAAAUUUUUUCAACUCCCUUCCGACUCUUCCUUCAUCGUAUGUAUUAUUUGUGAUCAAGUACCAGAAGUUUGUGAUUUUGAUAUUCGUAUUUUAAAUAUUUUUUUAUUGCGUUGGACGUCGUCAACUGAAAUUUGUGGAAGCUAAAGAUCUUUCUGGCAGAAAUCAUGAAACUCAUUAAUUAACCACGUUUCUGUCUGAUUAGAUUAUUAUUUUCUCCGAUGUACGGUUGAUUGUUGGAUGAACGUGAUGGCAGGACUCAAGCUUGCCUUAGUUGCUUGACAUGAUUCAAACUCCUUUUUGUAGUUUGCGUGUUUUCUUCGUUGAUGGCGUUGUCUCUACUGCAUAUUCUAAUUGUUGACUGUGCUAUAUAGUAAAUAUAAAAUUUAUUUUAAUUUUCUUACUGUGCCAUAUAGAAUGUUGUUUUUUGCUUGUGGGAGAAAUAUUCUGCAAUUACAAUCGGAGUCUUUGGAAUCAGUCAAGAUCUCUCCCCACUUUUACUCAAUACUUUCCCCUGUUUUUUAAUUGACUGUUGUGUAAAGGGAGAUAUUCCCAAGUAAUUGCAUUCCAUGUUCUAAUCACGAGUAAGGAAGGAAAAGUGUAAGAAUCAUCAAAUCUUCUUUGUGGUACAUUAGUCCUCUCAGUAUGUGUUAUGUGCUGUUAAUUGUUUUGCAAACUUGGGUUUUUUUUCUAGCAUAAACAGGAAAAUAGCUCUCUCCACCUUAUCAUGUGUGUUAAUAUGACAAUAUUCUCUACUUCUCUUUUGUUUCCAUUUUAAUUGUGCUUUGCUGCGGGAAACUAUUUUCCUUAUCUUUAUCUAAUAUCUUUUCCAUUUUAGGAUCCUCAUAGUCAGUUGUCAGAAACUUGUACUGGUCGCCCUUUCAUGAAUCAUGACUUUUCAUGGAACUUCUGAAAGACAUACUUUUACCAUAUAUUCAAGCUCGGCUGAGGUUGUGGCAGGAUCAGCUGCAUGGCUUGGCCGGGGUCUUUCUUGCGUUUGUGCACAGAGAAGAGAAAGUGAUGCACGUCCAUCAUUUGACUUAACUCCUGCACAGGAGGAAUGCUUGCAGACGCUGCAGAACCGCAUAGAUAUUGCCUAUGAUAAUUCAAUCCCUGAGCACCAGGAGGCUCUAAGGGCUCUAUGGAAUGUGGCAUUCCCAGAGGAAGAACUUCGUGGUUUGAUAUCUGAGCAGUGGAAGGAAAUGGGCUGGCAAGGAAAGGAUCCAUCAACAGAUUUUAGGGGUGGUGGUUUUAUUUCAUUGGAGAACUUAUUGUUCUUUGCCAGGAAUUUCCCGAAGUCGUUCCAGGAUCUCCUUCGAAAGCAAGAAGGAGAUCGGUCUUUAUGGGAAUACCCAUUUGCUGUAGCUGGGGUGAACAUCACAUUCAUGCUUAUUCAAAUGCUUGAUCUUGAAGCAGUCAAGCCACGGACACUUGUGGGAGCAACAUUCUUGAAGUUUCUUGCAGAAAAUGAUUCGGCAUUUGACCUCCUUUAUUGUAUCACGUUCAAACUGAUGGAUCGUGAAUGGCUUGCCAUGCAUGCAUCAUAUAUGGACUUCAAUACUGUAAUGAAAGCGACACGACGACAAUUGGAAAAAGAGCUACUAAUGGAGGAUAUUUCAAGGCUCGAAGAACUACCUUCAUACGACCUUCUCGAUCAAUAGUUCAUUUACCGACCAAACACCUCAUUUUCUAAUGGAAAAUAGCUUGUGGUAUCGUCUUCAAUAGCUUUUAACUAGAUAGAGUUUUUUUUUGUACAUGAUUAUUCUCCGAUCUUCCCAUUGUCAAGCGGCUUGCUCUUUUGACCAAGUAGUAGUGUACACCAUCCAUUCCACUUUUUUUUUUUUUUUUUCUUCUUCUUCUUUGUUGUGGUUUACCUUUUCUCUUUGUUUCUUCUCAGAAUUUUCGGUUGAGACUCAUUUUACAAAUAAGUUUGAUGAAUGAGAUGUUAAUUUCUUACACUUCAUGCGACUUGUGAUUGUGAACCUACAGCAUAAUGAUCUUUUGUUUU